AGGGUUUAGAGGUUCGCCGGCGCGCCGCCUUCCACCAGCCGCCUCGCCAGCGCGCCGCCUUCCACCAGCCGCCUCGCCAGCGCGCGCCUGCUUUGUUUUGCAGCCAAUCUAAGCACAAAGCCCUGUGAAUCCGCAUACCAGAGCACGGCCACUCGCCGCCGCCAUGCCUCCUUCUAAGUGCAAGAGGAGGCCGCAGCAGCCGGCGGCGUCGCCGCAGCCGUCCCCCCGCACCCCCUCCUCCCGUGACCCCGGCGACGGCGGCGACGGUGAGGGAGGCGUCGACCUCCCGUCCAUCGCCGCCGCCGUUGCAGCGAAGUUCCCGGCCCUCGUGCCGCGCGGCGGCGACGGCUGCUUCGUCGGCGCCGUCGCCGAAGUGGCCCCGAGGAGCGGGAGCGGCGGCGCCGGCUUCGGGAGGCUCUGGCUCUCCGAGGCCGCUAUGGUCGGCGCUGGGAUGCGGUCCGGGUGCCUCGUCUCCGUGUCACUAAUUUCUUCUAGCAGCGACCAAUUAGAUGGAUUUCCACUAUACGAUUUAUUUGAUGAGUGCAGCAGAUCCUUUGAUCUUGAUGUGGACAAUGAUCUUCUGCAUGGUGAAGCUGGGCGGAACUUUGUGGUUGCCACAGUUUUCCCUUCGCGUGAGGUUCAAAAGAACAGCAUCAAGCUCUCUUGGGAUCUUGCAUGUGUUUUGGGAUACCCUUCAGUAGGUCGAUCGUUGUUUGUUAGUCCAUUGUGUACACAGCAGACCCCAAAUCAUAGUGAUGAUGUCGAUACUUUACGGGUAUUGAAAUGUAAGAAUCUUUAUCUUAGCCUGGUUCCACCUGGUGUUAGGCCUUCUAGUGGCAUUGAAAGAGUGUCUGACAGCUGUUCUGAAAGAAAUGGAAUGGUUGUGGAGACACCUAAGAAGAUGCCUUCUACUCCAUUGCAUGGAAAGGAAUCCCAUUACUUUGCAUCCAACAGUGGAUCCUCGAUGUUCUUGGAUCCAACCACUGCGAGAGCAGCAUUAGCAGAUGAGAAAGUUAAUGAGUUAUUGCAGAUGUCAGCUACACGGUGGCUUAAUGGUAGAUACUUACUAAAAGGGAACUUUGUUCCUCUCUCAAUGUGCGGGAAAUUGUCCUUGUUUGUGGUGAUGGGAGCAGAAUUUGACUUGUGUGAGAAAGGGAGUACACUGCCUAAUGCAGAAGAUUCAUCUAACUUGGGGGGAACCCUAAUUUCAAUCCUUGUUGGUAGAACCACAAAAGUGCAUCUUUCUGAGUCAGUCUGCACUGAGAAACUUGACUCAGAUAAGCCAGAUCAUGCUCCAAUGCUAGGUGGGUUAUCUAAAGAGUCAGGAACAAUUAAAGGAAUAAUUUCGUUUUCACUGGCUGAUCAAAUUGGUUUGCCAAGAUACAAAGGUAUUCUUCUUUAUGGUCCACCUGGAACAGGGAAAACAUCUCUUGCUACUUCCUGUGCCUAUGAUGCUGGUGUCAACCUUUUUACAAUAAACGGAUCGGAGAUCAUUACUGGUUAUUAUGGAGAAAGUGAGCAAUCUCUGUAUGAUGUUUUCAGUUCAGCUAAGAAAGCUGCACCUGCUGUGAUAUUUAUUGAUGAAUUGGAUGCAAUUGCUCCAUCAAGGGAGGAAGGGAGCGAGGAGUUAUCUAUUAGAAUGGUGGCUACUCUGUUGAAACUGAUGGAUGAGAUAGGCCCUAGUGAUCGUGUUCUCUUAAUCGCUGCAACUAAUCGUCCUGAUUGUAUUGAUUCUGCACUUCGACGUUAUGGAAGAUUGGAUAAGGAAAUUGAGAUAGGAGUGCCGUCUCCAGGACAGAGGUUGGACAUACUUCAGCACCUUUUAAUUGGAGUUCGACACUCCCUCGAUGAUGAGGAACUUGAGUCUAUUGCUCAAGAGGCCCAUGGAUUUGUGGGUGCCGAUCUAGCUGCACUAUGCAAUGAGGCAGCAUUCUGUGCUCUUCGCCGUUAUAUCAGCCUAAAAGAAAAUUCAAGUAACACAUUACCGGCAUCUUUCUCGGCCAUGUCAUUGGAUGAUGCCCCCUGCACAAAUACUAACACAAAAAGUAGCAAGUCUUAUGGUGAGACAGAUGAAAAAGCACUGUCUGUGAACAGUGAGGACUUUAAGAAGGCUAAAACGAAAGUUCGACCUAGUGCAAUGCGCGAGGUGAUGCUUGAGCUUCCAAAGGUGCGGUGGGAAGAUGUUGGUGGUCAAGGCGGUGUCAAGCAGCAGCUAAUUGAAGCCAUCAAUUUGCCACAGAAAUGCCCAGAAGCAUUUGCAAAUUUAGGGGUCAAACCCCCCAAAGGAGUGCUAAUGAUGGGACCACCAGGUUGCAGCAAGACCUUGAUGGCUCGUGCUGCAGCUUCUGAAGCAAAAUUGAACUUUCUUGCAGUUAAGGGUCCUGAGCUUUUCAGCAAAUGGGUGGGUGACUCUGAAAAAGCAGUGAGAUCGCUAUUUGCUAAGGCUAGGGCUAAUGCACCGGCGAUAAUAUUCUUUGAUGAGAUAGAUGGACUUGCAGUAACUCGUGGGCAUGAAAAUGAUGGAACAUCUGUUGCUGAUAGGGUACUCAGUCAGUUGCUUGUGGAGAUGGAUGGUUUGGACCAAAGAAUUGGUGUCACCGUUAUUGGAGCUACAAAUCGUCCUGACAAAAUUGAUCCAGCACUUACAAGACCAGGUCGUUUUGAUCGGCUGCUCGAUGUGCAACUGCCGAACGAAGCUGACCGCACAGAUAUUUUCCAGAUUCAUACACGCAGCAUACCAUGCGGUCCUGACGUGGAUCUGAAGGAACUUGCUAGACUCACAGAAGGCUACACCGGCGCGGACAUAAAGCUUGUCUGCAGGGAAGCAGCCGUCGCGGCACUUGAUGAGAGCUUCCACAUUGAAGAAGUAUCAAUGAGGCAUUUCGAGUUCGCCAUCAGGAAAGUAAAGCCGUCUGAUCUCAAGUUUUACCAGAAACUCGCAGAGGGCUUCCGCAGGUUUGUGGAUGGCUCAACACAGGGAACUUAGUAUUGAACCUGCCAUCAUUUAUUUUUGUUACCCUAGAAGAUUGUUAGGUGUAAAAAUGCAACCACAAGAAUUGUUUUGUAAAAAUGCUCUAAAAAAAGUAUUGUUGUAUCCUGAAAGCGAUCCCCCUCAUCUCGUCUUCCACAUCACCUCUAUUCCAACCAUAGAAUGAAUUUUAAUGCAGAACUUAUGGUGGAUUGUAACAUGGGCUGUUUUGCUUAUUUUAGGCCCUGCUAUUGUGGGGAACUUUGGGCC